AUGCCCGCGAAUACCAUUAUGACGGCGAGGCUGCGGCUGGCCACGAGCCAUGUCUAACUCCGGCGGACAAAGGACGACGUUCGUUCCAUGCUGCCGCCACGCUCCCUACCCCGCCUCCCACUAUUUCAGCCUCUCGAACCCGCAGACCCGCACACCGCGAAGGGACGCCGCUAACCCCAGCGUCUACAAGCUCGAGAGAGCCAGCGUCCUCAGAUUCCCCGUCUUCUCGUUCGUCAAUUGGCGUCUCAGUAUCCCCGGAUUCGGCACCCUCGCCAUCUGGGCGGAAGCUCGGAGCCACUCGUCCACUUGAGAGCGCGUUCAGUAUCGACGGUCGAGCGGUAGACCUGCACCACACCUCCAGCACCGGCCGGGCAUUGUCGACGAAUACUGCUCAGGAGAAAGACAUGAGCUACAGAGCGGCGAAUCAUCUAUUCAUCAUCCCGCCUGGGUAUCUUGCGGAGGAUUCAUUCGUGCCUUCCUCUCAAUCGCAGGAGAAUGAUUUCGCUCCCGUAUCCCAGUGGCGGCACGAACCUGACUACAAUGCGUCAUACUCUCAAGAUAUGUACGUUCCGUCGUCUCAAUCCCAAGAAGAUUCUGGAUCAUGGCUUCCCGCAAUGCCUCGAACAAUGCCGUCCCCGGAGCGGCACUAUGGCCAACAUGACAUUGUUCCUUCCUCGCAGAGCCAGGAGCGCGAGCUCGUAUUGUCUCAUGAAAGCGCACGAUCUAGAUCAAGGACGUCGUCCAACGAGACAGUACCGACCUCGCAAUGCGAUGAAGUCGAGCUAUGUAUACCUAGGCGGUCGCAGAACAACGACGAUCUGUGGCUCAUUGGCGUGAAUCGUGGCGUUGCCGGCGACAGAAGUGUCGCUUCGCAACGUGAAGCUAUUGUGGAGUCAACGGAGCCUCUAUCAACUGCAGGCGACCCUGUCGAGGAGAAUCUCGCUGUGACCGGACGGUAUACGGAACUAUCUACUGACAGAGCAGGUUCGUCGUCGCCAGUCAAGCCCCAUCACAAGUGGGAAGCCUCUACAAGUGUAAGCCAGGCGGCAAGUGCAGCGCAUAGUACCCAUGAUCAUGGCGUCGCGGAGCCAUUGUCUCCUCUCACUCCUCUGACACCAUCUUCGGCCUGCCCGUCACCCAGAGAGGCUGCCCCUUUGUGUCCUGCAUUCACUCCACCACCCUCACCACAGCCACUAUUACCGCUGCCACCAAUGCCUUCUACCGCACAGGCGACGCAUAGUCGGCAGAUCAUGGGCCCACCUGAACCCCGCCAAGAAUCAGACUUGCCCUCUCAAUUGCGCGAAUUCCGGGCAUGCGAGGACCACCUCGUUCUGGGUUCGCAAUAUGCCGAAUCGUAUGCACGCGGGCUGCCGACUGGUACUCAAUCACAGACAGACGUGCACCCGAUGCGUGAACCUAACAGUACGCGGGAAGUACAUGGCGCUCGAUAUGACGCGGCGCACGAAACGGUCGACUUGCAUGGAGCCGAGGAACCCAGCUCGAGAGAGGGAGAUCGUCUCGAGACCGAGGACUUCGCCGGGAAUAUCAGUUUCGGGUCGGAUGGUUCAUCAAUUCCACCGUUCGUAGACGACUUUUUCGGCAUGUUCAGUCAACCGGGAGCUCAUCGCAGUGAUGACGCGGACGGGGGAGAUGGACGAGACGAUGACGGGUUUAUUUGAUUGAGGUGCAGCGUUUCGAUCGCUCUUACUUAUGUACUGCCUCUUGCCUCCGAGUCUGCAGGCUUUAUGUACUACUUUAGUAUGGAGUAUUCGGUCACUCUACGUGACAGAAUAGUCGAGAUUGAAGUACACGAGUCCGGUAUGUAUGCAGUCGAAUUUUUAUGUCAAGUUAGAGAAAGUCCUGAGGCCGAGCGCGAGGCCUUGAGGACUCGGACUUGGGCCGCGCGGACACUAGGGGAUCGACGUCGACACAUAUGUAUGCAUCGCU